UGAACCGUUCAUCCGCCAAAAACUCGAGGAACAAAAAGAGGCCGGAGGAAGACAUGUUGAAGCAAAAGGUGAAAUCCUUGCAAGCCCAAGCGAGUGCACUAGCUGCUGAGUUAGCAACGUUGGAGAUGGAAACCAUAGAUCUGAGCAAUGAAAAUGCCGAGUUGAAGGAGCUUCACAAGGCUAUGGUGAAUCGGCUUCACCAGCAGGAUGCUAGGAACGAGAAGAUCAAGUUGGAAAUCCAGUGGCUGAAGCAGAUGACCUCAAAUCCACCCAUGGCAAGCAAGCCCUUCCCAUUCAAUCGAGGGAAUGCUGCAGAUCUGCUUCCCAAUCUCCAGGGCCACAAGCAUUCAGCUGAAGCACCUCCCAGGCUCGCUGAGGCAUCAUCAAGUGCUGCAGGAGGCGAUGAUGCGCUGCCUCGGUCCAUAGGCGAUGAUGAUCAUUCGCUGGACGACCCAUCAGGGAACAACGGCCUCAUUGAGGGCUCGGGCAAACCCGCUGAUCCGACACCGACUGAUUGAGCACAAAAGUCAUUUGUGUUCGCUUGAUUUGGCGGUCGUGCUGUUGUCUUGGUGUUUCACUUCA